AUGGCCGACAAUAAGACCGUAGUUUCUCCCUCUGACAGUGCUCCAUCACCCCAGUCUUCGGUGCGAGCUGCUUAUAUGAACACGACAAGAGAUGUUCCGAGGUGGAAAUACAUAUGGCAUCACAGUUUGACCCAGAUGAUUCUUCUGAGCAUUCAGGCUUUCUGUGGUCCUGCCAUGUCGGAUGCCAUUGCUGGUCUCGGCGGCGGUGGUCUUGCAACUCCCCAAGUUUCCAACAUCUCCACCGCACUUCGAUAUGCUGCCCUUGCCUUCACCUGCUUCAUGGGAGGGCCUAUCGUGAACAAGAUCGGAGUCAAAUGGGCUUUGUAUCUCAUCCUUAGUGGCGCCAUCGGUGGCAUCGGUACGGGCUGCUGGUAUGUCGCCGAAGCUGGUGCCAUCAUGACUCUUGCUCCUUCAGGAGCACGAGGUAAAUAUCUGGCACUCUGGAUUGUGUCGCGAAACCUUGGCCAGCUUGUUGGCGGUGCAAUCAAUCUGUCGAAGAACCAUGAGAAAGGUGUUAGUGGUGGAGUCACUCCCGACACUUACAUCGCCUUUCUCAUCAUUGAGUGCCUAGCCCUGCCGUUUGCAUUCAUGAUCACCCCAUUUGAGCAUGUCAUUCGAUCGGAUGGCACCAAGAUCGUUACUACCGAGACACUCUCCACCAAGCUUGAGGUCAAGCGCAUCGCGAAGACCAUGACCUCGCGACUCAUCAUUCUGUCGUCGAUCUGGGCGGUCUGGUCUUUCUUCUACAGCGGCUCCUGGUCAACUUAUCUCGGCAUACACUUCACCGUUCGUGCCCGAGCACUUUCAUCGCUCAUCUCGCCAUUCUUCUGCAUAUAUGGUGUCGGCUGCUUUGGCCUCGGCUUCAUUCUCGAUGCUAAGAAGUUGGCACAACGUCGCCGCGCCCAGAUCGGCCUCUAUGCUGUUGUCAUACUCAACGUCGGAGUGUAUAUCUGGUCCAUUAUCAUGCAAGCUCGAUUUGACCGCAAUGACCCAGGAGCUAUUGACUGGGACGAUAGCCUCUUUACUACCUCUUUCUUGCCCUAUUUCUUUGUACAGACCACAGGACCCUUGUCUCAGUCGUACAUGUACUGGCUUCUGUCAUCGUUCGCGACCGAUGCUCAAGAGAAUGUUCGAAAUGGAGCUGCGUUCCGCUGUCUUGAGGCGAUUGGCCAGGCUAUUGCAUAUGGCAUGAACACUCAAACGAAGAGUGAUCCGCUCGUUGGAUUCUGUGUUACCUUUGGCUUGUUAGGCGCUUCGCUUCUGCCCAUGAUCAUGCUCGUCAACACCACACCCGACAGGAUCCCUGCAGACGAGAUUGCGGAGCAACAGGCAGCACUCGGAGAGAAGUUUGCAGACAUCGAAGGCCAGGCUGUGAACAUGGAUGGAAGCUCUACUAAGAAAUAA